UCUCUCUCCCUCUCUCUCUCUCUCUCUACAGAAAGAGAGCUGAGCCUGAGAGAGCCAGAGAGAAGCAACUCACACCCAAACCCCAUUUCUCUUAACUCACUCACUUUCCUCGGUUUCACUGAGUCACUGCCCUCUCACUCGCUCUCUCUCUGUAGAACUGCAAAGCGAAAUAAUAAAUAAAAGAAUAAAAAUGGAAGACUUCUUCCCCGUCGACGACCUUCUGGAUUUGUCAAACGACGCCCUUUUCUCACCCUCCACUGCUUCCUCCACCGACUCCAUGGACCUCCACCACCAUCCGCCGCCACCUGACCACCUCCACGGCACCAUCACCACCUCCCUUUUCGCCCCCGCCACCACCUACACCGACUUCACCAACAACCUCUGUGUCCCCAGUGAUGACGUGGCGGAACUGGAGUGGCUAUCGCGCUUCAUCGACGACUCCUUUACCGACGUCCCCGCCACCGACCUAGCCGGUUCCGCAUCCUUCCAAAACGAAGCGUCGUUCAUGUUUCCCAGUCGGGUCCGCACCAAACUCUCCAAAUGGGCCGGCCCGCCUGACCCCCAAAACUCUCCCGCGAGGCCCAACAGGCCUAGGAGAGAGCCGUCGGAAGCGUCCCCUUCACUGCUCAGGUGCACGCACUGCGCCUCGGAGAAGACGCCGCAGUGGCGGGCAGGACCGAUGGGCCCCAAGACGCUCUGCAACGCGUGCGGGGUCCGGUACAAGUCGGGUCGGCUCGUGCCCGAGUACCGGCCGGCGGCGAGUCCGACCUUCGUGCUGACUCAGCACUCGAACUCGCACCGGAAGGUUCUGGAGCUUCGUCGCCAGAAGGAGGCUUCCUAGCAGCAGGCACCGCAAGAGCAACCACAGCAACACCGUCCGCAUCAGCAGCAGUCCUAUCAUCACCGCGACGAGUUUCGAGUUUGCUGACGUGUGAAACACGUGGCGGUCUCUCAGUUGAUGGGUCGUGUGGAAAUUUGACCAUAAACUAUGGGAAGUUUUUGUUUUUGAGGCAAAGAAAAAGUUGAAAUUAAUUUCCAUUACUAUUUUGGAUAUUUAAUUAAUCAAAAUAAAAUGUAUUAAUUUUUGUGA